CUGUAAAGAGCCCACAACGUUGGCAGACGAGUGCUUCCGGAAGUGCCCAAUGGACAAAUAAAUGAUACUGUGCUGCUCAUGCCUGGUUUUAAGUGUUGCUGUUAUUUGAGGCAGUGGUAGAAGUUUGUCAGUAAAAGAGUAAAACUGCUGACAUGGCAAAUGACAGCAUUCAUAUUUGUGAACUGGGAGAAACGUGAAGCAAAAUAACAGCAAAACGACCCCAAAAUGUAUUUGCAAAAGGUGACUGAAAAUCAUCCGGUAAAGCAGCUACAUCCACUGUCUGAAAUGAACAUCUGCCUCGAAGCGCACCACACCAGUUUGUACCAGCAUACAGCUGCAUCAUACACUGUGUUUACAGACUGUUCACCUACAGACUUUAAAACUGAAAAGGAGCAGCGGGACAUUGAAAAUAUAAGCCACCGCAAAUUGACUCAUCAGUGUACUGUGUGUCAGAAGUCCUUCAAAUUUGCAUCAAAACUUGAACGCCAUUAUUUAAUUCACACAGGACAAAAACCCUUUACCUGCUUGGUUUGUGGGCGAGCAUUUAGGCAGUCCAUUCAUUUAAAAAAGCAUCAGGAAACACACCUCCGAUGGGAUCCCUUUAAGGAUAAUCUUCAAGAUUUCUUCAGUGGGAAUGACCCAGCAGAUGCCUUAUAUAGUGAAACGAGUAGUGUGGGCCCUCAGUAUGGCUUCACGCAUUCUGCUUCUUUGCAGCUGUAUACUGCACUUCAGGACCAGAGACCAUCCAAACCACUAGAACUUAAUAUCGGUGUGGUCCCAAGUGAUGUAAAUGGGAUUAACUGGGUUGAUUUUAGUUCUUAUGAAGUAUCUGAUUGGCCAGGAUCAGAAACUGAUACCUCCAUCAAGCAAAUACUUCAGGAGCAUCGGUUCAACUCUGCAAGAGAAGGGAAAGGAGGGAGAGAGAAGAGAAAAGCACACCAGUGCUCAGUGUGCUUGAAAUGCUUCAACUCGCCAUAUAAGCUUCAGAGACACUUCCUCAUUCAUACUGGACAGAAGCCUUUUGAGUGUUCAACCUGCACAAAAUCAUUCAGACAGCUUGUGCAUUUAAAGCUACACAUGCGCACCCACACAAAGUCAGGUACUUCACAGUGGUUGCAAAGUGGAGAGUCUGAAAGUGUAAGAGUCAACAGCAGUUGUGAGAUUCAAGGUAAGCUAUCAAAGCUAGAAGGAAAUUCUCUGCAGGACUCGAUUUCAGAAAGCGGAAAGGAUAAUGUCUUGCCUUGUGAUCACCAUGAUGAAAUUGGUCUUGGCAGAAGUAAAGAUGAAAGAUAUGAAACUCUUGAAAGAAACAUUACAACUGUGCAGAAUCCUUGUUGCAAAUCCAUAAAAGGAAAUCGGAAAAAACACCAGUGCACUGUAUGCUCAAAAUGUUUUAAUUCUCCUUCCAAACUAAGCAGACAUUAUCUUAUUCAUACGGGCCAGAGGCCUUUCCACUGUGUAAAAUGUGGCAAAACAUUCAGGCAGAUGACACAUUUAAAAGUUCAUCAAGGAACUCAUGAAAACUACAAGGAGCAUGGCCGGAUUUUUGACACAGGGAGAAACAAAGACUUGAAUAAUCCCCCGAGUCCUGUAGAAAAUAAAUUGGAUUAUCUUGCCACACCCAACGCUCAAAUAAGUUCUGUAAUCCGUUUUCAUCAAUUUGAGCAACAAGAGUAUAAACAGGAGCCUGCUUACUCUGAGAAUCAGCAGAAUAAAGACAAUAGUGUUGUCAAUGACCUUGGGGAUCUGAAAAUGGUUAAGACAAGCUGUGAACUUAAAACCGAAUGUGAGACAUUAGACUGUGCUGCAGAUGAGGCGGAGGCAACUGGAGAAAAAAGGCAGAAAGUAAAUCAGUGUAAUGUAUGUUUGAAAUCUUUUAAGUUUGCCUCAAAAUUGGAACGCCACAAGCUCAUCCAUGCUGGUUUAAAACCAUUUAAAUGUCCAGAGUGUGGAAUUGCUUUCAGGCAGGCAGCUCAUUUGAAAAAGCAUCAAGUAAAACAUUCAAAAAGUAAUGUAGAUGUUAAAUUUUCUUUCUACAAAUGCAGCCUUGCUGGCCCCCAGGAUGGCUGUACUGAAAGUCACGACUUGCUAUGCAAGUUUCCUGCAGAUGCCGAUGCUUGUAAAAAGGAGCAAGACAGUACAGAUGGUUCCUCCUUUACGCUAUGUCCUUAUGAGGAUCACGUAAGCAAUGAAUUGUUGCAGGUGGAGCAGCUUGACCUCAACAUUAUUGUAAAACCCGAGGAGGUGACUGAUCCUUGGACUGUUAAUGAUACGAAUGCGACUACCCCAAGAACAUCUGAGCAUUGUGUUAUCAAUGAGUUAUCCCAACAAAGGCAAGAAACUGACUGCUUUAAUAAAAAGCCAAUGGCUAAGACCAGCAAGAAACUUCAUCAAUGCAUUGUGUGCUUCAAAUUCUUCUCUUCCCCGUAUAAACUUCAACGGCAUUUCCUAAUACAUACUGGCCAGCGGCCCUUUGAAUGUUCUGAUUGCCAGAAGACUUUUAGACAGCUGGAACAUUUAAAACUCCAUAAACGUACUCAUUCAACUUCCCAUUUAUCUCGGACAUUGUUAAAAAAAGAAGCAAAUAUGAAAAUCCUAGUGUCACAGGAGAAGACCUGUACUAAGGAGAAUCCUAUUCGGGUGAUAUCUGAUGAAUUCUUGCCAGAAAAAGACUCUGGAGAGUACGAUGUAGAAACAUCAAAGCAGCCUACUAAUAUGGAUAAUGUUCAAAACAAAUCUUCCGAAAAUGAGACAAGUUGUAUGACUUCUGAGAAUUUACCAUCUGGAAAGUUGUUUUCCAUUCAUGGGUAUGAGCAGCCUCGCAGGCACAGUAAAAUGAUGAAGAGGAGGACACAUCAGUGCUCUUUCUGCUGCAAAUGUUUUAACUGUCCAUCUAAGCUGCAGAGACAUUAUCUAACCCAUACAGGCCAAAAGCCAUUCAAGUGCUUUUCUUGUGGUAAGCAGUUUAGACAGGCUGUUCACCUGAAAGUUCAUCAGCGGACACAUGACAAAUGGCGGACCUUCAAAAGUUUAUUACAACAACAAAAGUCUAUAAAUUGCAGAAGCCAAGAAAUGGGCUCUGGCAUCAGCAGCCUCUCUGAUGCCUCUCCGCCUCAUGAUCCUCAUGAGAAUAACACUGAAAAAAGUAAGCCCGAGUUAGUAAGUUUAAAUGAAAAGGGCCUCACAUCAGCAAUGGUUCAAGAGGAGCAGAACGUUGAAAGCCAAAAUGCUGCCAGCAGCAUUAAAAGAGUCUAUCAGUGCUCAACAUGUCAAAAGUGUUUCAGUGCUCCAUCACAGUUGCAGAGACACUGCCUCAUUCAUACUGGCCAAAGGCCAUUUGAGUGUAGUUUUUGUCAUCGGGCAUUUAGACAAGCAUCACAUUUAAAAGCUCAUCAUCACACUCAUAGGGAGUUAAGGGCUUUAAGAAGUGGUAGUCUUCAUACCAGGCUGACAGUGCUAAAGAAACGCAUCGCUCCUCCUGCUAGCAAAGGUAGACUUUGUGAUAAUUUAGAGACUUGUAGUCCUCAAGAUUUAAAUGAACUUCAUUUACCACCUUUAGUGGAAGACAUCCUUUCAUUGGAUGUGGAAAAACUAAACACAGACCAGCAGAGCUUAAUUGGAACUGCCAAGUUAGGUCUGAAAUCAAAUUUGAUCAGGACUUGUGAGGAGGAGACCCCACAGCAUCAAAGUGAGACCGAGAAAAUGUCUUUAAGAAUGCGACUGCAUCAGUGCUGCUUUUGCUUCAAAAUUUUUGACUGCCCUUCCAAACUUAACCGGCAUUAUCUUUCACAUACUGGACAGAAGCCUUUCAAAUGUUUUGUCUGUGGAAGAAAAUUUCGCCAGUUAACACAUUUAAAAAGGCAUCAGCAAAGUCACAGCCGAAAGAGGAUCCUAAGACAUUGCAGUCUGCAGAAGAGGCUUUUGGUGGCCAGUACAGGUACAGGCAGUGAGCAACAGAUUGAGAAGCCUGACUGCUGCUGGCCUGGUAAUGAACUGAACAUUCAAAAUGAGAAGCACUUUCAGGUUGGUUAUUUCUGUUCCAAAGAAAGUGCAGUUGAUGGUCAGAGAUUUGAUGAAAGUGGGAGUAUAAUAGGAGAAUUGAUUUUAGCAAACCAGAUGCUUGCUUCCGAAGACCUUGAAAAUGUCCAAGGCAGCAAAAAACGUUAUCAAUGUCCAGAAUGUCAGAAAUGUUUUGAUGCUCCAUCUCGACUAGAACGGCAUUACCUAAUUCAUACUGGUCAAAGACCCUUUGAGUGCAGUUUGUGUUCUAAAGCAUUUCGUCAGUUGUCACAUUUAAAAAUGCAUCAACGCACUCAUGGGGAAUGUAUAUCAGCAAGUGGAUCUUCUAAUUUUGGCCCUCUAAAUGCGGAGUUAUAUAAUUCUGGAGAUCAAUCGUUUAUGUUGAAUUCUAGAGAACACACACAAAGCCAAAAACAGGUAGAGAUGGAUGCCAGCUGUGGAUCCUGUGUGACAAGUGAAGGGCCCCCUGCUGAAAUGUCAAAUUAUAGCCAAGGCACGAGCCAUAAAUCCUUUGGAGGAAAGCCAUACCAAUGCUCUGUUUGUUCAAAAACAUUCAACUCCCCUUCCAAACUCGAAAGACAUUUUCUCAUUCAUACUGGUUUGAAACCUUUUAAAUGUUACAUAUGCACCAAGUUGUUUCGACAACUCUGUCACCUACAGAACCAUCUGAACACCCACACAGAAUGGAAAGUCUGCUGCAAUUCACAGACAGAUUUUAAUAAUGCGCAUUUUAGUCAUCAAGAAGAAAGUCCAUCAAAUUCAAAGGAUGCCAAUUCCGAUUUUAAUGGAUUAUUAGAAACCUCCUUUCAGGAGCAAACGGGACAAGCUUCAGAAAACUCUAAAAUUAUUUCAUCCAAUGUAGCUCUUGAGACAGACAAGAAGGUAAAUGAUAAAUGCCUUCCUCAUUCUUUCCUAGAGAAGAAAACUUUAACUUCAGAUUUAAAUGUUGCAAAAACUUCAGUGAAGUGUAAAAAUGAUUUGCUUUACCAAUGCUCAGAGUGUCAAAAAUGCUUUUCUUCACAAUCAAAACUUGGAAGACACCACCUAAUUCAUGCUAGGGAGAAGCCUUUUGAGUGCUCAGUCUGCAACAAGAUGUUCACACAGGCUGCUCAUUUGAAAGUGCAUCAGCGCAUCCAUGCAAAAUGGUUUGAGGCUGCACCUCCAACUGAGUUUAAUGAUGAAAGCAGUCACACGGCUGAAGAUCACCUUCCAGGUGGACUACAGACCCCUGUGUGUGUGAUGGAGUUUGAAGGUGUUUCAUCUCCUUUAACGGAGAAUGCAGAUGAAGCAAUGUUAUUGGAGCAGCAAGAAGACAUUGGAUUCAGUUCACAAUCCAAAUACACACAAGACUACUUGUGUUCAACCAGUCUUAAUCGGAGGAUGCACUGUAUUCAAUGUGCCAAGCUUUUCGGCACAGAAAGGGAACUUCUGCUACAUAAGUGCCAGGCUUGUGAUGCAAAGGUGACAGAAAAGAAUUCAAACAGGAGCCCUUAUCAGUGUGCUGUUUGCCAUAAGAGUUUCAAUUCCCCAUCAAAGUUUAAAAGACAUUAUCUUAUUCAUACUGGACAAAGACCCUUUGAGUGCACAGUUUGCAAAAAGACAUUUACACAGUCCUGUCAUUUAAAAACACACCAGCUGACACAUUUUAAAUAACUUCAGUAUUAUUUGUUACUAAUAAAGGUACAGAACCGUUCUGCUCCUCAUUUCAAAAUACUUGAUGGCAGGACCUCUUUUGGCAAUAUUGUCUUUGUAUUCAAGUAAGUGUGAUGCAAUUUGUUCAUUUUACAGAUCUUUUGAGUGUGGCACGUGUUCUUGUGCUUUAUAGCAGAUGCAGUAGAACCUCUUGUCACACAAGGGAUAAGUUCCACAGUACCAAAUAUACAGGAAAUUCUCAUGUAGACCACGUGUUACACUGCCUGUAGCAAUCAUGGUUACACCUGUGCCCUCUAAUAUGUGCAGAAUGCAUUUACAUCAGUAGCUUUAAAUGCAACAUACUAUGUUCAGCUACAAUGCUCUUUAGGUGACUUGGGCUUGACAUGCAAGGCUACAGCAGAAGAUCAGAAAAAGCAAAGCUGCAGUUGACAGAAAUCACGAGAAAGCACAAGUGGUGCACUUCUCACUUCUAGAGGUGAUGAGUGUGUGGAAAUACGAGUUCAAGAAGUGCACAUCUUGCUGUUUCUCACAGCACUGCACACCAGGAUGAGAGAGUGACACAAAGCAAGAGUAUCCCUAGGAGCAUAUGCUGUUGUUUAUGGGGUGCUCUGGAUGAGACAGAGUGAAACAUGAGUAGAAUGUCCCUCUCUCUUUCUUCUUCCAGUGGGAGCAAUCGUGAUUGUGAGAGUACCAGAGGUGCAGCCCCAUCUUUUUCACACUACCACAUGAAGCUGUAAGACACAGUAGGUGUGGGAGAGGCCCUUCUUGUACCAUCUUAAAAAAAAUGCACUUAUACUGAUUUUAAUCUUGGUAUAUGGAUGGGUCUUGGAUUACUACCGUUUUAAAUCAUCAUAAUGGUAUAAAAGUCCCUUAUUUUCCCUUUUAAGUGGAUUUCUAUGAUUGAUUUUAGUUGCUUAAUUUUUUUUCACCUUAUUAGAAAUGGAACUUGUUUUGACCUACAGUAUAUGAAUAUGUAGCAGCCAUCACUAAUGGUAAAACAUAAUGCAGUAGAAUAUUACACAUACUUUGUGACUUUGUGCAUUUGUGCAAGAGACAUCUUCUAAAGUAAAUGGCAGCCACUCAGCAUGCUUUAACACAGGUAAGCCGCUCAAUCAACAACUUAUUGGUAGAAGAUACUUCUUGUCAUUCCCAGUAUCCCAAAUACACAUCAUAGCCAUGUCGUCUCAGGGAGUGCAUUUGCUGGCAGGCAAGGUGACACUUGCAAUGACCACAUGCAUCUCACAACCUUAUAAAAAAUAAAUAUGGCAUGAGAACCCACUAACUUUUUAUGGUCACGUGUCAUUAUUAAAAACUGGGAUAUUUAAACAUAAAGUUGACAUAAUGGACAUAACUGUUUCUUGACUUUAGAUUAAAUUAGAACAUUAAAAAAAGUAGACAAGAGCAGGCCAUUCACCCCAGCAUAAUUUGCCAAUCCUAUCCACUCAAUUCUUCAAAAAUAAGAUCUUGUUUUAAAAGUCUCGACAGUCCUACUGUUCACUACACUAUGCUGCCACUUACAGCUUGUGUCUGUGGUUCUGGGAAUGUAGAAAUCCUCAUAACAUUUCCAACAGUGUUCAUGUGUUUUGAAUUAACUUGUCUUAAUCCACUGGACUAAUUCCCUUCAUAAUUUUUAAACAUUUCAAUCAUGUCUCCUCUUAAUCUCCAUUUGCUUAAAAUGAAAAACCUUAGCGCUUCUAAUAUUUCCUCAUAAUUCAUCCCCCACAGUGCUACAUCAUUUGAUUCUUUCUUCUUUAGACUUUUUUUAACAGUCUGUCUUUUUUGUAGUCUGUAGACCAAAACUGAACAUAAUACUCCAAAUGAGGCCUUAGCAGUCCAUUACACAUCAGGGCACUAUAUAACAUAACAUACUGUUAGCUUUGUUAAUGGCUUCUGAAAAAUGUCUAGCAGUUGAUACUGUCAAGUCCACUAUGACUCCGAAAUCCUCAUAAGGUGUACUUUAAAUUUUCAUCUUAUUAUGUAUUCAAAAGUAACAUUUUAUUUCCUACAUGUAAUACUUUAAAUUUACUGAUAUCAAAUUUUAUCUGCCACAGAUUUGCCUAAGCCGGUCAGCUGUCCAAGUCUGUCUGUGAUGAUUCUAUGAAUUCUUGAGUAUCUGCCAAUACACCAAGGUUGUUAUCAUCUGCUAACCUAAAUAACUUGUUAUUUACUAAUAUUCCUAUCCAUUUUAUUUUUACAUAUUAAAAACAAUGGUAGCCCUAGCACUGCACCCUGCUGAACGCCACUCUUGACAACAGCCAAUUGUGAUAAGGUUCCUUGCACCAUCACCCUCAGCUUCUUGUAUUUUAGUCUAUUCAGCAUCCAUUCUACACACCACUUCCUGAAUUCAUACUUGUUUGGGUUUAAUUCUCAACCUCUUAUGUGGCACUUUAGCAAAUUCUUUAUGAAAGACAAGGUAAACAAUCCAUCCAUCCAUUUUCUAACCCGCUGAAUCCGAAUACAGGGUCACGGGGGUCUGCUGGAGCCAAUCCCAGCCAACACAGGGCACAAGGCAGGAACCAAUCCUGGGCAGGGUGCCAACCCACCGCGGUAAACCAUCUGGUAUGCAAAACUCUGGUCGUAGCCUUUUGUUGCUUCCUCAUGGAAAUCCAACAUGACAGUAAAAUAUGACCUAGUUCUGAAACCAGUGAGCAAGGAAUUCCUAAAAAUAUGCAUCAAGGAUUCAUAUCUGUACUAAUUCACCGCUUUAACAUUCUGUCAUAAACAUGAUCUGGUCCAUGUGAUAUUCAUUUCAGUCUUUAAUCUGAGAAACCCUUAACCCUCUACAAUUUCCAUAUUCUUCAGUAACUCCUUAGUAGUUCCUUUUUCCAAUAGGAGGUUAUCCACUUCCUCUCAUGGGAAAACCUCCAAAAAUGCAAGUUUAGAGCAUCUACUAUUUCCUUAUCUGUAUUCUUUAAUUUUCCUUGAAUAUUCUCGAUGUACUUCAUCUCUUCCUUGACUGUCCUUUUAUGCUAAAGAACUGAAAGAAUCUCUUUGGUCAUCUUUCGCCUUAUCUGCUCUAUUCCUCUCCAACUGGUUUUUAGCCUUCCUAAUAUUUUUCUUAAUGGUUGCACUCAUGUUCUCAUACACCAUAUGAUUUGCACUGGAGUCAUUAGUCAUCUGGUUUUUUUUUUUUCUUUGCAGCCACAUCUGUUCAAAAUUUGCUCUGUCAAAGUUAAAUCUUUUGCAAGUUCUUUGCAUUUGCAUUCUUUCAAAACACUAAAAAUUGUAUUAUUUUAUGGUCACUUGACCCUAGUGUUUCAAACACCUCUAUGCCCUCAAUUCUACCCUGAUGAUUACAAACUAUUAAACAUUUUGAAAGACCUCCUCACCCUGUGUUGGUACGUUGAACAGGCACUCAUUACAUGUAUAAACAGCGGUCAGACUUUGUUGUUUGUAAGGCUAGCCCAGUGAAUAUUUGGGUAGUAAAAGUCCCCCAUGAUUAUUUAUGUUUUGUUAUUUGCAGUACAGUAUUUUUGCCUUAUUUUUCUUUUUCUGGUAAUUUUGAACUUUUUUUUUUAGAUACAUUAUUUUUGAUAUUUUUCCCAAGGUUGAACAUUUUUAGUGCAUACCCCACUUACAUACAGAAGCGGGUUAAAAAUGUCCGUAGCUAUUGAACUUCUUUUUAACCAAAGUCCCGCUUGUAUAUCCCAAAUUUUUAUUUUGUCACUGGUUUGGGUAAAAUUGAAUUAGUGUUAGUUUGUUUUGUGUAAUUUGAGAUUCCACUGUACAUAGAAGUUAUGGCACAAAAUUCACUGCGUCAAGGCACAGCACUGUUAAAGAAACACCACACAAAACAACUGCUUGGAUCAUUCCAAGACUGAAGGCUCCAAGCUAGAAAAGCAGAGACAAACAAAAAAUUACAGAAAGAAUCAAACAGGGGGCUUGAAAAUAAAGGAGCAACUGGAGUGUCUGGUGGGGACUUCGAGUUUGAAUCACUAUUUAAGGUCAAAUAGAUAAAGCAAUGAUUUUUGUUCAAAUGUGUAUUCAGAUGUAAAUUUAAAUAUUAUUAAAAGGCUUAUUGCUUCUUCUUUAUAAAGAAUCAUUCUUUUACAGUGUAAGGCACCCACCUUUCCUAUGUAAAUGGAUCCAUGAAUCAUUAGUCUUUACAGCAUAUUAAAGUAAUCCCAGUCACAAAAACAAGAAUACAAUCCAAAAACAUUAUAAAAUAAAAAUGAAACAAAAUGGCAAAGUAUACGUAUUGUAGAAGAAGACAAGACAAAGAAAAAGGUUUAGGGUUACACAAUGACAACCCGCAUAUUGUAAAGGGGAAGUGAAUAAUGCAGCCUUUCAGGAAAAGAAUGUCCUUAAGGACGUGAGCCUCAAAUUAAACUAUCCAAGAUGGUGACACUUCUGCUUAAGUGCCAGCAAGGCAGGAAGACGCAAAUCCAGGUGGAUGGAUACCAGAAGUGACAUCAGAGGUGGUGAGGUUGGGAGGGGGAGGAAGAGAGGAAACUGAGGAUUUACCACCAACAGCAACAACUCCACUUAAGACUUGGUAUUGUACAACUAUUUACGUGUGCU